UGGGGGAUCAGUCACUUUUGAGCCUAUCUGUAUGGGCGAAAGUUCACGCUGGUCACCGAUCAUGAGCCAUUAUUAGCCCUGAAGAAAUCUAAGGAUUACUCGGGCAUAAUCAGGCGAUGGGCGACGGUGCUGCAGAGGAUGGACUUUGACAUUCGUCAUCGGAAGCACGAGAGGCACGGGAAUGCUGACGGGUUGACACGACUGCACCGACCCGAGAAGGUCCCCAAGAGCGAGGAAGUGAUUCCUUGGAAUGAGCCAAAGGAUGAGAACGGACCGCGUGACGAGAGUCCGGCUCCGCACGUCCUUACACGGACAUUGGCUCCGUAUCUACAGGGGACUGCGUGCUUGGAGGAACCGGGGCGUGAAAGCACCCUGCCGUCGCGGCAGGAGUACUUGAAGCCGUCCGGAAUCAUCAAUCUUACCUUCUAUCCGAAGCAAGAUAUGUCCGAGGAGGCGGUAGAAGGAGAAGAAGAGGGCGGCGCCCAAGAAGAGACGUCGGAGGAAGGGAGUUAUAGUGAGCACAGCGAAGGAGAGCAGAGUGAAGAGGAAGAAGAAGAAGAAGAAGAAGAAGACGACGACGAAGAGGAGGAAGCCGGAUCGGAGUGGGAAGCCUUGCCGGAAAAAGCGGCGUGCACAGGCCCAGAGGCGGAAGAUCCCGAGGCGGCACGUAAGAGGGAAGAGAUCGCCGCCGGGAAAAGCCAGCUGGAGUUCGCCAGCGAGGCGAACCUGCGCAUCAACGACGACCCGACCCGGAUCCAGAGCCCUACAAGCCCGAAGAUGGCAACCUAGCAACCACGACUCCGAACGCAUCACGAUGGAGACGAA